AUGUUAUAAAAAUUUGGAAAAGAAGCUUACGAUUUAAAAUUUGAGAAAUACUUUGAUUUGAUUGAUGAUACGUUUUCAUUAAAUCCAUAGACUAUGGCGAUUUCAUAAAAUGGUAAAUACAUAUUUUAUCGGCAUGGAACUUACACAGUUAACAGCUAACAUACUUUUAUUAACUCUUAAAGCAAAGUCAUCUUAAGGAUAUCAGGUAUUGUUUAAGCCUGCUUCUCCUCAGACUCAAAAUUUUUACUUUUUUCUUAGAGAUCUAAUGAAAAUAUAACCUAUCUUUGUCUCCUAAAUUGUGAAGAAGAAUAGCUGAUUUGGAAAAAAGAACUUAAUAAAAAUGAGUUCGAAAAAGAUUCAAUAUUUUAAAUACAAUUUAGUUAUUUAAAUGAAUUUGCAAUCAUAAGCACUCGUUUUUAAAGAUAUUUUCAAAUUUCUAUUGAUGGAACAUAUAAGGAAUUAGUUUUAAAAUAAUAUUAACCAAUGAAAUACUUUGAUUAAUUAAAAUUUUUAGAUGGGGAGUCCUUUAUUAUUGGGAAAAUUGAUUAAACUUAGAGGGAAAAAAAAUAUUCUUAUUAUUUUAUUUACAAACAAAAUCGUCUGAUUUUUAGUUGGAAAACAGUUGCUUCAAAAAACCAAAGAUUUGAAAUCCAGAAUAAAUUCUUGAUUGUUUUAAGAGAUACUUCUAGAUUUUCCUUAAGAUUAACGACAACAGGAAAGCUUAUAAGAAGCUUAUUCAUUCUUUCAGAAGAAUCACUUAAUUUUAUUUAUUUUAAGAAUGUAUUCUAUUAAUUAGGUUUACUAAAUUUAAUAAAAUACGAUUUAACCUAAGGUAAGAAAAUUUAAACUAAUUGCUAAAUGCCUAAGAAACAUUAAAAUGAAUUGGAUCAUUUGAGAAAAGAUUAAAAUAUUAUUCGAGUACAUACUUUUGAUGAAGGAUUUAUUAGAAGAUUAGAAUUUUUCAAAUUAAAAUAAUAUAAUCAAUGA